AUGAUGUUGAAACUGAGGGAUUAUAGUUUUCAGGAAAGCCUGAACAGGCUAAAGCCGUUUUCUCUAGCAAAGGGAAGGCUGAGAGGUGACCUGCUAGAGUUCUUUAAAGUCAUGAAGGUGUUCGAUCACAUAGACAUAGAGAAGGUGUUUCCACUUGAGAGGACGAUAGUGUUCUUGGUGUUCCUCUAUGUGGGGAUGGAGAUGGCGGAAGAACUUAUCAUAAUCUUCCGAUCUUUCCAAGAUAAAGGAGAGGCGCCAGAGGAUUGGAGACUAGCAAAUGUAACCCCAUUAUUCAAGAAAGGGUGUAAGGACAUUUCAGGAACCCAUGUUGAAGACCAAAGGGUUGCAACUGCCAGACAGGCAACAGUAAUGACUGACGAUUAUGAGCUGAUCCAUAAAACUAAGCCUUUUUUCCAACGCCCCAUGAAUUUGAAAAAGAUAGAAAUUUAUGUCCGACACGAUAACAAAGAGACACUAAUCCACACUGACCAUAAUCCGCUGGCGUUCAUUGAAAAGAUUAAAACUCGAAAUGUGAGGCUGUUUAGAUGGAGUUUAUUGCCCCAACCAUUCCAUGUAAAGAUUGUUCACAUUGCCGGUUGCCUUACAGAAUGGAACACCAUGAUUUGCUGGCCUUCAGUUGCCAUUGGAGAAGUGGUCAACAAGACCUGUCCCAGUUUUUUGAAUCCCUUUUUAGCUAAGAAAGGGGUUAUGUACCGCAAUUGUACAGAACAAGGAUGGAGCAAAUUGAUGCCAGACUUCAGAGUGGCUUGUGAAUUUCUGACCGUGUCUUCUAAUGAAUCUGACGAAUCCUAUUAUCUCACACUUAAGCAAGUGUACACUGCAGGAUAUGCGACAUCUGUGAUUGCCCUGGUAACCGCUAUCAUAAUCCUUACAGCCGUCAGGAAAUUUCAUUGUACUCGCAAUUACAUCCACUUGAACCUCUUUGCGUCCUUCAUCCUUCGUGCCGCAUCAGUCUUCACCAAAGACGCCAUUUUAUUCUCGAACAGAGGAAUAAACCAUUGUUCCAUCUCAACGGUGACUUGUAAAGCCGCUAUCACAUUCUUUCAGUACUGCAUCCUGGCCAAUUUCUCAUGGCUUCUGGUGGAAGGGCUGUACCUUCAAACGCUGCUCAGCCUAACAUUUGUAUCAAACAAAAAGUACUUUGGCUGGUACUGCUUAAUUGGUUGGGGCACACCGACCAUUGUUCUAACAGUUUGGAUCAUUAUAAAGUUGUACAUUGAUAAUAAAGGAUGUUGGGAUGAUAAUGAGAAUGAAUACAUCUGGUGGAUUAUAAGAGGUGCCAUUCUGUUCGCAGUCUUAGUCAACUUCCUGAUAUUCCUGAACAUCAUCCGUAUCCUGAUGCAGAAGCUGAGAUCACCAGACAUCGGAGGCAACUCCUCCACCCAAUUCUCGAGGCUGACGAAGUCGACUCUGCUCCUCAUCCCGCUCUUUGGUGUCCAUUAUAUUAUGUGUGUGUUUCUACCCGAUCACAUCGCAGAAGAUCUGAGACUCCACAUCGAGCUUGGAAUAGGAUCGUUUCAGGGCUUCGCUGUGGCUUUACUAUAUUGUUUCCUGAAUGGAGAGGUCCUCGCUGAGCUGAGGAUGUGUCUGAGAUGGUGGCGCUCAGAGAGAGACCUGCAGUUCAAUAGAAGACGCAAGCGGAACUGUUCAACAGAGAGUAGUGCCAUUGCCUACGCCACUCAAAUCUCCUUGCUCGAGAAGAUUAGUCCUAAACGGAAAUUGUCGGGCCGCCAAAGCAGCCCUUGA